AUGAAUGCGAUUCGUGAUCGUCUGAUAGCCAGAUUAGACGAGAUUCUGGCUGAAGUCGUUGCUCAAGAUUUACCGUCUAAUGCUUCUUUACAGAUCGAAGCCAGUCUUGUCCUUUCUGACAACGCGGCUGGUCAGCACCAUCAUGUCGUACUCGAUACAAUCAACGUCGAUCAGCUAAAAUUGCUCACUGCUAAUCCAGGCACUUCGGCAACCAGUCCCCUCAACGAUCAACAGGACUAUCGUGUUCAUUCAUUCGACUCUCAUUCGAGAAAACCAGCAGCAGAUCUGACGACUAGCAGUCGGCUAGCAAACGCAACAAUCUUGGCAGAAACCACAGCAGGGAAGCGAUUCAAACCCCGUAGCAGUCCUGAGCAGCUAACAACGACAUCCGGUCCGCUUGCUCAGCCCAUUCCACUGACGACUGCGAGCCUCACCCAUGUUUCAGCAUUCGUAGAUGCCCAUGUCGAUCAGCCUCUAGCCCCUGACCGGAGUAAGACUCAGCAACCACGUGUUCUACAACCAGCGGUCGACAAUCUUAUCGAAGGAAUAUGGGAUCAGAUACACUACUCAAAACUCCCUACUUCACCCCAUGAUUUAGCAAAGAUUGUACGAUGGACGUCUGAAAAUAUACACACUCACCACGACGUCCUCUCUAUGACCCAAGCAGAUUUCAGCGAUGCUACAAAGCGCUGCCAUCAUAUCACUACCACCGGCCGUUCCGCGCGUUCAGUGGAGGUAGUCAUACAAGCCCAUUGGGUAGACUGCUUCGAUGCUCGACUUGCCACGCUCAAGAAAGGCCAGCCCGAUCUCCGACCUACAGAUCACAAAAGGCUUGUGAUGAAUGAAGCUUGUACUUCAUUCGGCUGGUCGGAGAAGGAGCUCCGUAACAAGAUGGCUGCUUGGAAAGGCUAUACGCAGAUCAAGAAUGCCUCUGGCUGGGCCACCCUCGUCUUCGCAGGACCUGGCAUCUACCGUUUCUGCAAAUACCGUCAAGGUUUCGAUGACGAAUCUCUGAGCAAGCUACGCUCACAUCGAAUACGUUUCGAAGUUGCAGCUGAUACUCUUCAACCCAGAUGGAGAGAAGCACUGGCACUUGUCGGUGAACCUACGCAAGCAGUAUAUACCGGCCACCCCCACGACUGGACUGUCAGCCUGAAACAAGACGAACCUGCCCUUCCUCUCGCCGUCACAUACAAACAAUGGGACCCAGAAUUCUCCUACCAAAACCUCUCCCAAUCCACCAUCGACACCACCCAAUGGCCAGACAAAGACCCGCGCCGCUUCGAGUCUGCCCCUCCCUACCACUGCAAGUCCUGCACCCAAUUCCAAUCCACUGACCUCACCACAAACCUCUGCGCCUGUUUCCCAACCCUCUACAGCCCUCAACCCCUCCCCUCCUCCCCAGUCCAAGUCUUCCGCACCGGCACCGGCAAAAACAACGGCCUCCUAGCCUGCGCCCCCUUCCCACCCAACCGCGCAAUAGGCGAAUUCAUCGGCCGCAUAACCAAGAACCUCGCCGACGUCGACGUCAUGCAAAGCCAAGCAGGCGAUGAUCCCCCUUACCAAAUCUGGCAGGGCAGAUGUGGGAAUUUUACACGGUUCAUCAAUCAUUCCUGUGCAUCGAAUUGUGCGUUUCAGACUUUCUCGUGGUUGGGGGUGCAGAGGAUUGUGGUUGUGAGUAGUAAGGAGAUUAAGGUUGGGGAGGAGUUGACGGUGGAUUAUUCGGAUCGGUAUUGGCAGAAUUUGGAUAAGGUUUGUUUGUGUGGGGAGGAGGGUUGUCGGUUCAAGGAUCGGAGGAGGAUGGGUUAG